AUGCCCAUCCACAUGGAGCGGGGGUCCGUCGUGAACGAUACGUCGAUCCGGACGAUCAGCAUACGCAUGACCGGAGGCAGGAAAGAGGUGUCUACAGAACCCGCCCCAGUCAUUGCGGACAUGGGCGAGUUCCGGUCCUCUCUGUCGUCAUUGCUCCAUGCGUCCGGGUUUCCCAUGACCUUCACCGUCGGCGAUUUCAUCCUGACGCCCGACAUCUGUGUCGAGUGCACGAGCAUUCCUGAUCUCGUGUCCAGUCUGAAUAGUGGCCGCCUAUACACCCAGUACGAGCUGAUGUCGGCGUACUACAAGCAACCGAUCUUGCUUAUCGAGUUCAAAGAGCACCAAUCCUUCGCACUCGAGGCGGUCGCCAACGCCAAUCUCGUCCUCCUCACCCUCACGUUCCCUCGCGGGGGCGUUCUGUGGCCGUCGUCGCCGUACGCGACCGCUGAGGUCUUCAACGACCUCAAGGACAACAUGGUGCAGCGGGACCCAGUGCUCAUCGACGCGGAGGAGGACGCGGGCGCGAACACCACGGCGGAGGAGCUGUUGUGCAGCCCACCGGGCGUCGCGGCGAAGAACGUGAAGCACAUUCUGAGCCGCGUUGGGAGCGUGCGGAAGCUGUGCGGGUUGCCGAUGAAGGACUUGUCCUGCAAUCCAUUAAUCGCCGAUCUUCCACGCACCGCCGCCAUCAACCGGUUCAGACACUGGGCAUCCUCAAUAUCGCGCAGUUAA